UAAAACAUUAUUGUCAACCAUGACUCAUUUAUAUCCAGAUGAACUUGUUUCACAGACAAUAGAAAAAGAACCAGGAGAAGUCGAUUUUAUAAUAAUAGGAGCAGGAUCCGCUGGCUGCAUUUUAGCUAAUCGAUUAUCAGAGAACAAAAAUUGGAGUGUACUUCUAUUAGAAGAAGGUGGAGAGGAACCAUUAAUUGGUAGUAUUCCAGCAACACUACCAGCUCUUAAAAAAAUUAGUCGACGUUAUCAAACCGCAUCAGGUGGAAAUUAUUGUUUGGCAAAUAAUGGAUGUGUGUUCGUUAAUGGCAAAGUAAUGGGAGGAACUAGCAGUAUUAAUGUAAUUAUGUACACAAGAGGUAACAAAGAAGAUUUUGAUACUUGGACCCAAUUAGGAAAUCCAGGCUGGGGAUAUAAAGAAGUCCUACCUUUUUUCAUCAGAUCGGAAGAUAAUAGGGACAAAGAUAUAUUAACCACCAAUCCAGAUUAUCAUGGAACUGGUGGCUAUCAAUCUGUACAAAGAUUACCAUACGAAGAUCCAAUAGCAACAACUCUUCUUCAAGCUCUACGAGAAAUUGGCUACAAUACUACAGAUUUGAACGGAUUAAACCAAAUCGGAUCGAUGCGAGUGCAAGCAACAUCAAACAAUGGAUCAAGAGCAAGUACAAAUGUUGCUUUUCUUCGACCCAUUAGAACGAAACGACGCAACCUAAUUAUUAGAACUAAUACUCGAGUGGUGAAAAUUAUAAUAAAUGAAGAAAAAAGAGCAAAUGGUGUAGAAAUUACCUCACUCAAAACAGGAGUAACUGAAAUUAUCACAGCAAAAAAAGAAAUCAUCCUAUCAGCCGGAUCAAUAGAAUCACCAAGAUUACUUAUGCUCUCUGGAAUAGGUCCAAAGGAUGAUCUCGAAAAACAUCGAAUCAAUGUUGUACAAAAUUUAUCUGUAGGACAUAAUCUUCAGGAUCAUGUAACAUACACUGGAAUUCGGUACAAACUAAGAGAAGAUGAAUCUUUAUACAAUCCGGAUUGUCCAACGAGACAGAAGCAUUUAAACCAGUAUUUAGAAUUUAAACGAGGUCCUUUUUCUUCAAUGGGCAUAAUGCAUGCUACUGCAUAUUUACAAUUACCAAUAGGAACAAAUUCAACUGCUUCAAACAUACAGAUUCUGUUUCAGCCUAAUUUUACCUCACUGGAAAGUUCAAUGUACUAUGAUAAUUUUUAUCAACGGAUAAUUUUGUUACAUCCUAAGAGUACCGGCUAUGUGAAACUUAAUGAGACUAACCCCGUUUGGGGUCAACCUCUAAUCGACUUUAAAUAUUUUUCUAACGGUGCAGAUUUGGAUCAAUUAAUUGAAGGAAAUCGUGUGGGACUAAAAAUGAUUGGCACAAAAGCAAUCAGGGAAAGUAUUUUCGACUUUGAUAGAACACCUCUGCCGGGUUGUGAACAACAUGAAUUUAAUUCUGACAAUUAUUGGCAAUGUUCUGCAAUGCAUUACACUGUAUCAAUGUUUCAUCCAACUGGAACUUGUAAAAUGGGUCCGAAAAAUGAUUCAGAAGCUGUUGUUGAUGCGAGACUACGAGUUUAUGGUAUCGAAGGUUUGCGAGUGGCUGAUGCAUCAAUUAUGCCAUUUAUUACAAGAGCGAAUCCACAUGCUACAAUAAUGAUGAUUGCCGAGAAAGCUAGCGAUAUGAUCAAAGAAGACUGGAAAAGCAAUAUGUUGUUAUUUAAUAUUUUUUCUUUACUCUUUAUUCUUUAUAAUCAAGCAUGGAUAACAUCAGUUUUUACGAAUCUUUACGCUUCUUCCAUAACAUGCAACUUUACUUACACAGCUCUAAUAUCACUUUUCACCAAUGUAUAUCCAGACGAACAUCUUUCACAGCCAUUUCGAAAAAUACCAGAAGAAGUCGAUUUUAUUGUAGUAGGAGGAGGAUCAGCAGGAUGUGUUCUUGGAAAUAGAUUAUCGGAAAAUAAAAAUUGGAGUGUACUUUUGCUUGAAGAAGGAAGCGAGGAGCCUUUAAUAACAAGUAUUCCAGCGUAUUUUGCACUUCAUGUAGUUUUACCAAUUACUCGGCACUAUAAAACAGUGCAUGACAACGAAUUUUGUCUAGCAACCAAUGGAUGUGAUUUUAUUACCGCUAAAGUAUUGGGUGGAGGAAGUAGCAUUAACGGAAUGUUUUACGUCCGUGGUAACAAAGUUGAUUAUGACAAUUGGGCCGAAUUAGGAAAUCCAGGUUGGAGUUACAAUGAUGUUUUGCCAUUUUUUCUAAAAUCAGAGGACAACAGGGAUGAAGAAAUAAUAAAAUUAAAUCCAGGUUAUCAUGGCACUGGUGGCUAUCAAUCAGUUCAAAGAAUGCCCUAUGCAGAUCGACCAUCAAAAAUUAUACUCAAAGCAGUACGCGAACUUGGCUAUAAUGAUACGGAUUUUAACGGAGCAAAUCAAGUUGGAUCAAUGCGUUUGCAAGCAACAUCGAAAAAUGGAGUACGAGCAAGUACAAAUGCUGCAUUCAUUCGACCAAUAAGAUCAAAACGAAGAAAUUUAUUCAUCAAAACAAAUGUUCGUGUGGUGAAAAUUUUAAUUGAUUCGGAAAUGGGUAGAGCAAUUGGUGUUGAACUUAUAUUAACGAAAACUGGAGCAACGAAAAUUGUUAUGGCAAGAAAGGAAGUAAUUGUAUCAGCAGGUACAAUAGAAUCUGCAAGAUUGCUAAUGCUCUCCGGAAUAGGUCCUGCAGAUGAACUCGAAAAGCAUCGAAUCAAUGUUGUACAAAAUUUAUCCGUAGGGCAAAAUCUUCAGGACCAUGUAUCAUUCUGGGGGAUUAGAUUUCAAAUCCAUGGUGUGGAUAGAGAAAAUGUGAGUUGUCUCAUAAGGCAAGCACACUUGCACCAGUACCUAAAAUUUAAGAAAGGACCCAUCGCCUCCAUGGGUCUUCUUCAUGCCGUAUCGUUUCUGCAAACUCAGAACGCUACCAAUUCAACAUCUCCAGAUAUAACACUUGUGUUUUUACCUUUUCCCAAAAAAUUCGACACUCCAAUUUACUACAAUAGUUUCUAUCAAGGGGCAUUUUUGUUAACACCAAAGAGUAGAGGUUUUAUAAAACUAAACACAACUGAUCCUCUAUGGGGCAAUCCGAUAAUAAAUCCAAGAUAUUUGUCAGAAGAGUCGGACAUGAAUCGGGUACUAUAUGCAUCGACAAUUGGCAUUAGGUUGAAUAAUUCAAAAACAUUUAGGGAAAAUAAUAUCAUUAUUGAUGAAACGCCUAUGGAAGGUUGUGAACAUUUUGUAUUUAAUACCAGUGAGUAUUGGCGAUGCUUGGCGAGAAGAUACACGCAAAAUUUCUUUCACUAUGCUGGAACUUGUAAAAUGGGGCCAAAGAACGAUUCGGAAGCUGUAGUGGAUUCUAGACUACGUGUUUAUGGAAUCAAAGGCUUGCGUGUUGUUGAUGCUUCGAUAAUGCCUGUUAUUCCUCGAGCUAAUACAAAUGCACCGACAAUUAUGAUUGCCGAGAAGGCUAGUUCAAUGAUCAAGGAAGAUUGGAUGUAGAUUUUUGGUUUUAGAAAUUUUCAAUGGAAACUAAUUUAGUAUUGAUAAAAAAAAAUUGUAAUUUCAAAUUUCGUAUUUGCUUACAUAAAAAAUUGUAAUUACGAUACUUUCUUCUAUGAAAAUUGUCCUAAUAAAUUAGUACCACAAACAAAUAUGGGUUAGAAUGUAUAACAGAAUUUGUAUUCAAACACUAAACAUUUCAAGAACAUUGUUAAAAUUUUUUGCAGUUGUUUGUUGCAGUACAUCAUGUUUGGAAUCUAUAAUUUCUAUGUACUUCGUGAUAAUGUUCGUUGAUUAGCUCUUUAAAUAUGAAUUCGUAAAAUAUUACUAACAAAUCGUGAAAUACAACCAACAAAUAGCAAAAUUUUGACAAUUUAUAGCUACUUCUGCUAAAAAAAUCCUUAUUGUAAAGAAAAUAAAAAAUUUGUCUCUCCAUU